CAUUCUUGAUAUGCUCAAACUACACAUGAUGUUCUCUUCCUACUUACUUUAUCUUCUUCUCUUCUCUCCAUUCUUCUCUCAUGUUUUAGGGGAUAAAGCAUUCACGGGAACAUAUGGAGUAAACUAUGGUAGGAUAGCUGACAACCUACCUCCCCCAGAAAGUGUGGUUACCCUUCUCAAAGCAGCAAAAAUUAAAAACAUUAGGAUAUAUGAUGUUGAUCAUCAAGUCCUCAGUGCCUUCAAAGGGUCUGGCAUUGAAAUUGUGGUUGGACUAGGCAAUGAAUUUCUCAAGGACAUGAGUGUGGGAGAGGAUAGAGCCAUGAGUUGGGUCAAAGAAAAUGUUCAGUCAUUCCUCCCAGGAACUAAAAUUCGUGGAAUUGCUGUAGGCAAUGAAAUCUUGGGAGGCACAGAUAUAGAAUUGUGGGAAGUUUUGUUGCCUGCAGCAAAAAAUGUUUAUAAUGCCCUUGAUAAGCUUGGUUUAACAAAGGAUGUUCAGGUCUCAAGUCCACAUUCAGAAGCUGUGUUUGCUAAUUCUUUUCCUCCAUCCUCGUGCACUUUUAAGGAGGAUGUUCUCCCAUAUAUGAAGCCUCUCUUGCAAUUCUUUUCACAGAUUGGCACUCCUUUCUUCAUAAAUGCAUACCCUUUCCUUGCCUAUAAGAAUGAUCCACAGCAUAUUGACAUUAACUAUGCUCUCUUCCAAAAAAGUCCUGGGAUUUAUGAUGCAAAGACUAAACUACAUUAUAGUAACAUGUUUGAUGCACAAGUUGACGCAGCUUAUGCUGCCUUGGAGAAGGCUGGCUUUGACAAGAUGGAGGUUAUUGUUUCUGAGACUGGUUGGGCUUCUCAUGGUGAUGAGAAUGAAGCUGGAGCAACAGUGAAAAAUGCAAGAACUUACAAUGGAAAUUUGCGAAAACGUUUGCUCAAGAAGAAAGGGACCCCUUAUAGGCCAAAAAAUGUGGUGAAAGCUUAUAUCUUUGCUUUGUUUAAUGAGAAUUUGAAGCCUGGACCAACAUCAGAAAGAAACUUUGGAUUGUUUAAGCCUGAUGGAAGCAUUGCAUAUGAUAUUGGCUUCACGGGUCUUGUACCUUCUUCAGCAACUUCAUCUUUCCUUUCCUUCAAGGGUAUUGGAUCCUGGUCCAUAACGGUUUUCACAAGUUUUGCUGCUCUUCUUCUUGUAGCAUUCUGUAAUGUUAAUGAUACAUCUUUACCAUCAGCGCAAAAUGUGCUAUCUGUCCCAUUUGGGCUGGCUCAUAACGGGUAG